ACAAGCCAGACAGACAGUCGGCGACGACGACGACGACGUCAAGAAAAAAAGUGCAAAAGAAAGGUUGUGCAGCUGCUGCCUGCUAGGGAAAAGUGCUUUUUUCUGGCCUCUUGUGUGUUGCAGCAGUCGAAUUGCAUCUUUGCUUCCCAUCCCAGGCCGGUCGUGUGUUUACAAACGAUUUUUUUUACGGCUGCAAUUUUCCUGUUUUACAUCCGAAGGGUGCUGCUGCUGCUGCUGCUGUUGUUGUUGUUGAUCUCUGCGAGGUGGACGGCUCGAAAUGACUGCGACUACGCUUCCCACGAUCUGCAAAGACCUGGACGGUGACGAUCGGUGGCUGAGUGUGCACAAGCGAUUUGUGCAGGAAUGCAAGGAGAAGGAUCCGGACGUGAUGUUCGUCGGGGACUGUAUUCUGGAGUCGCUGCAGUUCACCGAGUACUGGAACAGUCACUUUGUGCCGAUGCAUUGUUUGAAUUUUAGCAUACGAAACGACCGGAUACAGAAUGUGCUCUGGAGGCUGCAGAAUGGGGAGCUGGAAAAUGUUAGACCUAAGGCGAUUGUGCUGCACGUUGGGACGAACAACAUUAGCGAUAGUGCUGAGGAGGUGGUCGAGGGGCUGCUGGAAUUGGUGAAGACGAUUCGGGGCAAGCUGCCGGAUGUGUACAUAGUGAUUCCGACCCUCCUUCCACGUGGUCACCAGCCGAACGCCCUCCGAGACAAGACCGGUGCCGUCAACCAGCUGCUCAAGGAACGCCUCGUCGGCAUGAAUAAGGUGCAGAUCGUUUGCGUCGACUCGGGCCUGAUACAGAGCGAUGGGACCAUCAGCCAUCACGACAUGUUCGACUACCUGAAUCUGACCAACGUCGGCUGCAAGAAGGUUUUCGAACCCGUUUGGGACCUGCUGCAACAGAUACUGACCGAAAACGAGAAGGAACGUGAUCUUACUCCGUCGGAGUGAAUGCGAGCGAGAGUCAAUUGUUGGUUGGCAUGGCAGCGGCGGCGCGGUGGUAGAGCUGUGCGUCAUUCCCACACUUAUACAUUCUUAGGGUCCCCUUUUUAGGUUUAUUUGUUUUGUUUCGUUCGCUGCUAGAGAAGUAGGCAUACAGUUUAAAUAAUCACAUAAAUUGCACAUUCCCAUUGAUUACGGUAGAAAGGCUUGUAGAAAUGCGUUGAUUUCCGCUAGGUUUAUGAAUGUAUUUCAUACUGAUUAAUAUUUUUACUCACAAUGAUAUUAUUUAUUACACGUUUUCUAUAUUAACUAGGCUUACUGCUAGCUUUAUACCGAAAAGGUCAAAGAUUUUUUCUUUAGAAAUAUAAUUAGAUAUAUUGAUUGUGUAUUAAAAAAAAGCUUCCAAUAAGUUCUGCUGAUUCCAAGAAAAUACCGUACUAGGCUAGUGGUUAGGAUUCCAAUACCCAUUCCGUAGACUGUCUUCUUAAUAAAGUAGUGAUUUGUCAAAACAUUCCACCUUACCUCACAAAAUAACACAUACAAAAACGAAGAAACGAAUAUUUCCACGAGUGAAACACCUAGAAUAUACUAUGAUCUCAACUUUGAUGAACUGAAAUCUACGGCAAAAUACAAAUCUUAUCUAAAAUGGUUGCAUGUUUUACAGUACAUAAAAAAUACAUUCUAACGUUAAAUCUACAACUAUUGAGCAGGACUAUUUUUUUUUUUGAAGAAUGAUUGAAAAGACUAUAAACAGGACUUGAUCAAGCUAAAAACUCAGAUCGAAUUGGAAUCUUAGUCUAAAGAUUUCAGAUUUCUGGUGCAGUGCACGAUUCGCCCGUGCUUUUCGAAUAUGUUUUAUAUAUUAUGAUUACAUUUUACUCAACCUUAUACUGGAUAAUAGACAUACACACACAUAUUACGUUCAACAGCAAAAUUGUCAUCCGGGUCGGAACUCGACAUCGGAUUGUAGGUAUUCCAAAGAUUAUGAUUUGACGAUACUGAUGCCUAAACAAGGGAGAAUGAAAAAAAAAAAUGUCCGUACUUUGUUAGUUCAUUCCGAACAGGCACGGAAGACGUUUUGGAUGUGUGAAAGACAACCCCCAAAAAUGACUAGAUGGAAAUAAAGAUGCUGUGCAGUUAAUUUGCUAUUGAA